UAACAGAUUUGCCGGUGAGUGGGGUGAUUGUUGAUAAGCAAUCCAUUCUAUGUUGUGAAUUGAUCAACUUGAUUCUUUUUGUUUUCAUCUUAAGAAACACCAAAUCCAGCUUUGGAACAAGUUAUAAAACAAUGAUGAGCCGCCUCCGCAAAAUUACCAACCCAGCCGGCGAGCGCAACAAAGCCCCCAUCUUGGAAGUCCUCCAGAAAUUCCUGAACAGCACCCGCCAAGACCAAAAGCUGCUGGAAAUCUCUUCCGGCGUGGGUAGUCACGCCGCGUUCUUCGCGUCCAACUUCCCAAACAUCCACUAUCAACCAUCCGAGGUUGACACGGCCCUGUUUGGCAGCAUUGAAGCCUACCGGAGCGAAGUCGCUGCGCCAAAGCUGCAACCUCCGAUCCAGAUCGACAUCUCGAAACCCUGCACGGAGUGGGUUAACGAGGCGGAUAUAAGCUUCGCUACGUGCGGCGAGAGUUACGAUUACAUGCUGAACAUUAACAUGAUGCACAUUUCGCCGUUUGAGUGCAGUGAGGGGCUGUUUUGGAACGCCGGGAGGUUGCUCAAGAAGAACGGGCUGUUGAUUACUUACGGACCUUAUGCGGUCAAUGGAGUGCUACAGCCGGAGAGUAAUGUGCAGUUUGAUGUUAGCUUGAGAGGAAGGAACGCGAGCUGGGGAAUUCGUGAUGUAACGGAGCUGGAGAAGUUGGCGGCUGGAAACGGGAUCAACUUGAAACAGAUGUUUGAUCUGCCAGCGAACAACAAGUGUUUGAUCUGGGAGAAGGUCAAGGGAUUGCAGGGAGCUUGAGAGAAACGAAUAAAGUAACGAAAAAGACAACGACA